AUGUUCUUCUCAGCCAGCGAAAACUCACCCAAUGACACCCUUCGUCAAUUUGCAGAUGCCAAAGCCAAAAAACAAUUCGCUGCUUUUUUAAGUUCUGCAGAAGAUGAUCUUCCCGAAAUUCCUGGAGUUGCUUAUCCUCUCAAUACGUCCACGACUGGAGCACUCACUUCGAAUACAACUAGUGCAUCAUCCUUUGAUCCUCUCAAAGAGUUUGAAAUUCGGAAAAUGACCAUUGUCGCAAAUUCUCGAAAAACUCUCACAAUCUUGGAUUAUUACAUUCAAAAAUUACAUUAUCAAACAAUGGAUGUUAUUUCAGCAAGUAGUGUAGCGGAAGUGGAUAAAUUAUCAAUGAAGGAAAGAGUGUUGAUUAAAUCAAAAGUGAUGGGAGUGGCGAGAGAUUUUAAUAUUUUGACACGAUGUUGGCAAUCGAUUGAAAAGAUGCCUACUGAAAAGGUGUCAAAAAUCGAAUUGAAAAGAAUGCAUGAUGACUAUGCUCUGUUAGAAGAAAUUGUAAAGAAAGUAUCAGAAAUGAACGCUGAAAUGACUGAAGCAAGAUCUCAAACCGCUCGUUUGUCCACCUGUUGUCAGGAUGAACCAAAAUUAAAGUCCCUCGAACAAGUCCUUCCUUCUGUCAAAGGAAAAUUAGAUUUGAAUACUGGAGUUCAACACUAUUUAUCAAAUUAUGACGAAUUGAAUCAGCUGGGGAACACCACGAGUGAAAAGAAGAAGGAGCAACACGAGGCACAUUUGAAUGAAUUGGGCCUAUUACAGGACGAAUAUGACCUAGAAUAG